AUGUUUUUUAGCGAAACCUUGUUACAGGAACCUUCUAACAAACAAACUGAAGAAAAAAAUUGGACGGAAGUUGCUUCACCUUCUCGCUUUAAAUCACGAAAAAGCAAACAUCCCCGAAAAAAGCAACGUACAAACUCUCAAGAAUAUGAUCUAUUGGUUUUUGGUUAUGAAGCGAAAACUUUCCGUGACGACGACAUGUCAAAAAAAGUUAACGAUGGUGAAUUACUUAUAAGUUGGAGAGGUGAAACAGAGAAUAAAAUAUUGCUUGAUAGAUAUGAUGUAAGAAAUUUACUUGAUGAACGGGAACAAUUUCGAAAAGUGUCUUAUACAAUGUCAAAAAAGAAUGAAGAAAUUGAACAAGAAAAAAUUAUUGACGAAGAGCGUUGGAAAGAUUUGGAUUCUGAAGCUGAAGAUUUAUUUGAAAUGUCGGAAGAAGAAAGAUAUGAAUUUAUAGAAGAAAAGAAGAAAAGAAAAAGGGAGAAAGAUGAAAAUGAAGAAAAUGAAGGAUAUAGUUAUAAUUAUGAUUAUAAUGAAGAAUUUCAACCUUACGAAGAGGUAGAAGAAGUUAGAAAAGUGAAAUCACAAUAUGUUCCAAAGUAUUCAGUUCCUUUAGGAAUGGUGACGCCUUUAGAUAAUCGUGUUGAUGAGAUUAUUGAGCGCACUGCCAAAUUUCUUAAUGCUAGUACCGAUCCUCAAAUGGAAAUUGUUAUACAAGCUAAACAAGCCAAUAAUCCAAGUUUUUCAUUUUUAAAUAAAGAGGAUCCACUUUACCCAUACUACAGGCAUGUAAGGGUUUUGUUACAAACUGGUCUUUUUGCAUAUGGCGAUAAUGAAGAAAAUCGUAGAUCUACGGAUGGUGAAAAGGAUAAUAAAACAAUUAAUUUGACAGAUGGAAAAUUUGAAGGGAAUAAUUAUAAAAUUCAGGAUGACUCAAAAAUAGAAGAAAAUAGUACACCAAGAGAAAAAAAAAAUUCUUCUAGUAUAAAGAGUAAAAAAAUCCAACAUGGAGCAAUUAUAAUACCUCCACCAGAUCUUAAAGCCAUUAUUGAUAAAAUGUCUGCUUAUGUAGCCAAAAAUGGAUUAUCACUUGAAGCCAAAGUUAGAGAAAAACAUAUAGAUGAUCCACGUUUUAGUUUCUUACUUCCAUGGAAUGAGUUUCAUCCUUAUUAUAAAAAAAAAAUUCUGGAAGAAAAAUCGACAAAUAGUUUAUUAGUUGAAGCUGAUUCCACCAAGACGAAUGACUCGUGA